AAGAGGCUCAUCUGAGGAGUGUGUGUGAGUGUGUGUCUCUCAGACGGCUGUGAGCUGAUGGAGCGCUCUGAUGGAGACGAGUGUCUGCUGCCCGACACAGACUUCAUGAUCGAUGAGCAGAGCUCUCACGCCAGCGGGAUGGAGGUGAUAGAUCGCCUCACGUUCCUGGAGCAGCGCGUUCAGAUGCAGGACGACGAGAUCCAGCUGCUGAAGAUCAACAUGACCGACGUGCUGAAGAGACUCAACAUCUCAGAAGAGCACAGGAGAGCUCCUGCUAAAGCGGCUCGUCCUGCGUCUCUGUGUCUGGCUCCUAAAGCAGCCAUCAGCUCUUCUUCCUCCUCUCUGAGGAAGAGCUCCAGCUCCACGCUGCCCUCCUCACCCUCCUCCAGGAACUACAGCCCAGCGCCCGGCGCAAAGAGGACUCCUGCUGCAAACACUAAAGACACUCAGAGCACUAAAGCAAAGACGAGCUCCUGCAGGAAAGCGCUGGAGAUCAAACCAAAGGAAACAAGUGCAGCAAAAACAGGCUCCAGACGAGUCUCUCACUGCAGAGUGACUCUGCAGAUCUCUCUGACGCCGCUGUCCGGAAGGACUGGGUCAGCUGAUCCCGAGGCGCUGCGGUCCGCAGGAUCUACAGUCAAACCGUGUAAAGCAUUGGUCCAGAAGCCCUCGCUCCGGGACGCCCCGAAACACAAGAGUCCCAUCAAAUCCCCCAGUCAAUACUUCCAGAUCUGUUACUGAAGAGCCGGCUCUCACACACUCAUCACCGACACGCCUCGCUUAGGAUUAGUGAUGACUUUCUGGAGAACCAGGCUUGCUGCAGUGAAGAAGUGCAGAUGCACACCAGAACACUGACACUGCAGCAAGCCUGGUUCUGGACUCAGUGUAUCUCAGUUAAAAACAUCUUAAUGCUGGGUUUGUUCUUAGUUGUAUUUGGUGCCGAAUUAAAGCGAAUCAGAUUCAUACGGGGAGUUUCUAAUUCUAUAAUCAUCUACUGCUGUGACAGAUGUUAAAUAAGAUGACACUGAGACACUGAGAAAGCACUUUUCUUGAUGAACAGAUUCAUCCACAAAUGAUCAAAACUCAAACGGACUGAAAUCUUGUGUUCAGGUUUAGUGAUCUCGUAGGUGAUUGCAUGUCAACUCAUUUAGAAAAUACCCCAUCAUAUAUAUAUAUAUAUAUAUAUAUAUAUACAGUACUGCGCAGAAGUCUUCUCCAUUAGUACUUUCACCUGCACACAGUACUGUAUAUCG